ACGACUGUUGGCAACUCUUGCCCGAAUACAUAUAUACACAUGUUAAGAUUUAAUUUCUAUGUUUAUUUUACAGUUGAAUGUUUCAUUCUCAUUUAUCUUUAAAUAGUCGUGAGCUUCAUAUUAUGUACAUUAUGCCAACUGUGAAGUUCCCGCUUGCUUGUUUGUGCGAUUUGUAUAUUUGUCAUUUCCCUUUCUUUCGCAUAAGCAGGUAAGCGCGGACUCCAAUUAGUUACAUGAGCUUAUGUACUUGUUGUUUGUAAACUGCAGUGUGCUGUUCCAUUUUCCAAGCUGUGCUGAUCUAUACGGUAAAUGUAAAUGCCUUUGUGCAUAUAUGCCAGUGCACAUCAUUUUUGAGCUUUGUCAUCGAUCAGCCAGGAAAGUGGAAGGACAUACUGCGGUAAGUAUUGAAUUAUUUGUACAUGCAUAUUUUAACAUACAUCUUUUAGAAAUAAACCAUUUGACCAUUUGGAGUGCCAUUAGCCAACACAAAUCAAAUGCGUUAAAUUCGCCCCACUUUAUCGAUGACAAGUCUUUAUUUCGCAUUCCAACUAUUUGCAAGUUUGGUUUGUGAUUUCUUUAUUUCGGAAUCCAUUUGUGCCGUAUUAUUCGAUGGGUAAGUCGCCUCGCCGCCAAACUUCUGUUAAUUCGCCAGUCAUGGACAGUGGUGCUUCUACGUCAUCAGCAUCAAAACCCAGCCAGGGUAGCAAUGCAUCAGCCACCGUCAAUACAGCCAGUGAUUUACCAGCCGGUCCUACAGCCACAGGAGCCACCACUCGAGCAUCAUCAGCUGCUGCCAUUGCACGCCAGGAUAACGUGAUCGCCGCUCUACAAAAACGUAUCGCCAUGCUAGAGAUUAGUUUGUCGGCCUCCCAGCCACAAUCACGUGCUGAAACGCUCAACGUGGGUACAUCAAACAAUAAUGUUGCCGCCGAGGUUCAAUCGAGAACACAAUUGCCAACGGUUCAAUUGCCAGAAUCGCAGUCGCCAGCUAUAGCUAACUGUACAGUACCAUUGUCACAGCCUACCGAUAUCCGUUACACGCCGCCGCUAUUUGCUGCAAGUACCGCUGCUGCAAACCACAUGUACAGUUCUACAAUUUUAGGGAUCGAUACUCCUUCGAUUCACUCUAAUUCAACGACUGUUCCUACAUUCGCCAAUACAAGUGCUACGUCUACUCAGUCAUCGAGUUUGCCCAGGAAAUUGCAGGAUUUGCCAGAUUUUUGUGGAAAGCCGGAGGAUUGGCCAAUAUUUUAUACAGCUUUCAUAGAGUCAAGUGCAAUUUAUGGGUACAGCAAUUAUGAGAACAACCAACGAUUAUUAAAGAGCCUAAAAGGAUACGCGCGUGAAGCAGUCAAGUCACUGCUAAUCCAUCCGAACAAUGUCGGUAAUAUAAUUGAAUUAUUAAAGUUUCGGUUUGGGCGCCCUGAGCAGUUAAUCCGCAGCCAGUUGUGUCAGAUAAAGGAAAUCGCACCUAUAUCGGAAAAUGCCAUGAUCAAAAUUAUACCGUUUGCAACGAAGGUAUGUAACAUUUGUGUCUUUUUACAAUCUGCUCAUGGUGGUGACUUACAUUUGUCAAAUCCUACGUUACUCGACGAACUUGUCUCGAAAUUACCAAUGAGCAAACGUGUCGAGUGGGCUAGCUUCGCAGCGCUUCUGCAGCCACAUGCAACAGUAAAACAUUUUAGUGAUUGGCUCUCGAAAUUAGCUAAUAUAAUUUGUACAGUUUGUGAUGAUCCAUACAGGGAUUCGAAGGCGCGCAUGGUAUUGCAUACAGUUCAGCCUCAACGAUCUACAAGGUGCCCAAUUUGUCAGGAACAACACAAAGUAGCAGAGUGUGCGCGUUUUUUAGAAUAUUCGGUGCCAAGAAGAUGGACAGAGGCGAAACGACUUCGAUUGUGUUUCGCUUGCCUCAAUUUAGGCCAUUGUACACGCAAUUGCAACCGACGCAUGUUAUGUUCAGUUGAGGGUUGCAGGAGAGUGCAUCAUAAGCUCUUACAUGAAGUUGUAGAGAAUAUUAACAGUUCGUCAAGGCAGUUAAGUCCGCCUAAUGUAAACACAUAUGCCAAUCGUAAGACUACAUCACCACAUCGUUCACUCAACAGUCAGCAGUCAUCACUAGAAGCAAGAUCAGCAGUUUUAAGUUGCAGUUCUACCGAUAAUAAGCUUCUGUUUCGUAUUCUGCCGGUUACCCUAUACGGAAAUCAAAGGCGUGUUGAGACAUAUGCACUUCUCGAUGAAGGUUCAUCCAUCACAAUGAUCGAUAGUGCUCUUGUUCGAGACUUAGGAAUGCGCGGAAGUGAGCAGUCUUUAAAUGUUCAGUGGUUUGGAGGACAUGUAGCGCAGGAGUCAACGUUUGUAGUGGACUUAUUUAUUAGUGGUGCCGGUAUGCAGAAACAACAUAAACUACGCAACGUGUAUGUUGUGUCGAACCUACAACUUCCCGUACAGAGCUUAAACAGAAACGAUUUGGGUCACGAGUGUGGACACAUAAGCCAACUUCCGGUACAGCCUUACGCCCAGGUCAGGCCCAAGCUGUUGAUUGGUCUUGAUCACUGCCAUUUGGGAUUACCAUUAACAACUAUGAAGGUAAAGGGGCAUGGUCCAUUCAUUGCCAAUACGGAGUUGGGUUGGGUGGUGUUUGGCCCAACAUCAACUACGCUACCAUCUCCUAUUUCAUGUUUACAUGUGAACCGCCAAGCUGAUCAGACACUCCACAAUAUGGUAGCCGAAUUUUUCGACACUGAGAGUUUCGGUGUAAGAGCUGCACCCCUGUUAGAGAGUGAAGAGGACAUCCGCGCCAGAGAUGUUCUGAAGUCUACCACAUGCCGCGUAGAUGGACGUUUUGAAACGGGUCUCAUAUGGAGUAGUAACAACGUUAAGUUACCUGACAGCUAUAAUAUGGCCCUAAAAAGAUUAGUCAGUGUAGAGCGAAAAAUGAGUCGUGAUGUGAAUUUUGCCGCCGAAUACAAGAGCAUCAUGGACUCUUACGUCGCAAAGAAGUAUGCACGAAAACUACCGCCAGCAGAAGCCGCUGUGUAUACGCCUACUACUUGGUAUUUGCCGCACUUUGCCGUUGCUAAUCCCAAUAAACCUGGAAAGCUACGUAUGGUAUUUGACGCCGCUGCUGAGGUAAGUGGAACUUCCCUGAAUUCACAGCUUUUGAAGGGUCCACAAGAAUAUCGCCCAUUGCCAUCGAUAUUAUUUCAUUUUCGCGAGGGUGCUGUUGCUGUGUGUGGAGACAUAAAGGAGAUGUUCCACCAAGUGCUUAUACGAGAAGACGAUAGAUGCGCACAGCGGUUCCUCUGGCGUGGUGGUGAUGCUACUCAACCUCUAGAUGUUUACGAAAUGUGUGUGAUGACGUUUGGUGCAGCCUGUUCACCGUGUGCUGCAAAUUAUGUAAAAAAAGUUAAUGCGCUCGAGCAUCAAGAUGAACACGGAACUAAUUCCCGCGCGGUCAAAGCAAUAUUAGACCACCAUUAUGUCGAUGACUUCGUGGAUAGCUUUAGCUCGGAAGAGGAAGCCAUUUCUGUAUCAAAACAAGUUCGAGCUAUUCAUAUGAAUGCUGGGUUUGAGCUUCGCAAUUUUACAUCCAAUUCACAAAAGGUAGUAGCCGCACUCGAUGGUACUGAUGUCACACGUUCGAUUGGCAAGAAAGAAAGUUUCGUUGGUGAGAGGGUGCUUGGCUUAUUUUGGCAGUCAUCGUCAGACUGUUUUGGCUUCAAAUUGAAAUUCCAUAACGUUGAUGAAGCAGUGAUAAAUGGAGAGAGACGCCCUACUAAAAGAGAACUUCUAAGCAUCGUGAUGUCUAUAUUUGACCCUCUAGGAUUCCUGAGCAAUUUCGUCAUUGGAGCCAAACUACUUAUGCGUGAGCUGUGGAAACACGAUAUACAUUGGAACGAUCCAUUGCCAAACGAUAUUAAUGUCGCAUGGGUGAAGUGGCGCAAACAAUUACCAGAGGUUGUCAAAUAUGCCAUACCUCGUUUCUAUUUUAGAAAUGGUGCACCUCAAAUACUUCAGCUCCAUGUAUUUGUUGAUGCCAGUGAAAAUGCCUUCGCCGCCGUUGCUUAUCUUCGAUCUCAAUCUUCAUCUGGUAAAAUUGAUGUUGCCUUCGUUUGUGCCAAGACGAAGUGUGCGCCAAUGAAACCCCUCACCGUGCCACGCCUUGAACUUCAGGCAGCGGUCUUGGGCACUCGUCUUAUGCAGUGUAUUCGCAAAGAACAUUCUCUCAAGAUCAAAGACUAUAUCCUAUGGAGUGAUUCAAAAACGGUGAUCAAAUGGAUUCAAUGUGAACAUCGACGUUAUAAGCCUUUCGUACAGCACAGAAUAGCAGAGAUAUUGGCCGCUACAAGCAUAUCAAAUUGGAGAUGGUUACCCACUAAGCACAAUGUAGCCGAUGAAGCCACGCGAGCAAAUGAUCGCACCGAUUUUAAUCCAGCAGCGCGUUGGUCACGGGGACCCCCAUUCCUACAGCAGGAUGAGCAAGGAUGGCCCUCUGAAGACGUUAUAGUUACCGGAAAUGAUGAACCUGAUGAAGAACUUCGCUCUAAAUUUACCUUAGUUAUCGUGAGUCAUAACUUUCUAGAUUUUAAUAGAUUUUCUUCUUUUCGAAGAUUGGUAAGAGCCGUUGCCUGGGUCUUACGCUUUGUCGAUAAUUGCCGUCGUCGUGUGCAGCCAGAUCGAUGUUAUGGUUUAACCGCCAAAGAAGUAGAGAACGCCAAACGCCUUUUAUGCCGGAUAGUACAACGUGAAGUAUAUGCAACAGAGUUCCAGUCCAUCGAAAAUGGUCAUGACAUCGCCCAUGACAGCAAGCUGCUGCAACUUUCACCGUACAAAGAUGAGGAAGGCGUUCUCCGAGUACAUGGACGCAUCGACGCUGCCAGCUGGCUUCCAAUCAGCACACGAAGUCCUAUUAUUCUACCGCCUGAUCAUCAAUUUACGAAGCUAUUGGUGUUACAUCACCAUAGCGCCAUGUGGCACCAGAACAUAGAGGCUACUAUUGGUGUCAUCCGCCGCAGUUAUUGGGUGCCACGACUGAGGAGUUUGUUGCGCAACGUCAUUGCCAGUUGCGCUGUGUGCCGCUUGAAUAAAGCUACUCCGUCAGCGCCAUGGAUGGGGCCGCUUCCGUCAGACAGACUCACUCCUCACGUGCGCCCGUUUAGCUACACUGGACUCGAUUACUUUGGACCAGUAACUAUCACUGUUCGGAGAAGUACUGAGAAGAGAUGGGUUGCACUAUUUACGUGUCUUACAGUGAGAGCUGUGCAUCUUGAGCUGGCUCACGAUUUGAGUACAGACUCCUGCAUUAUUGCCAUACGAAACUUUGUGAAUCGACGAGGUGUGCCCAUAAGAAUUAGGUCAGACAAUGGAAAGAAUUUCGUUGGCGCCGACCGAGAAGCCAAGCGAUUCACUGAAGUGUUCAAUUGUCAUCGCUUACAAAGUGAAUUAUCACAGAAAAACAUCCAGUGGGUGUUUAAUUCACCAUUUAACCCUGCGGAAGGUGGCGCAUGGGAAAGAAUGGUACAGUGCGUCAAGCGAGUUCUACGUCAGACUUUAAAGGAAGUUUCACCAAAGGAGCAUACUCUGAUUAGCUUCCUGAUUGAAGCUGAGAACGUUGUUAACUCUCGUCCACUGACGCAUCUGCCUAUCACCGUCGACCAGGAACAGCCGUUAACUCCUAACGAUUUCAUCCUGGGAGCAGCAAAUACAGCGCAGACCCCUAUAGCAGAUGUCGACUUGGAAAAAACUUGUUUGCUACGUAAGCAGUGGCGUAUCGCUCGCCAAUUGAGGGAUCAUUUUUGGAAGAGGUGGAUUACUGAAUAUCUUCCUACAUUGACCCGCCGUGUAAAAUGGUGUCAACGCACGAAGCCAUUGAAAGAAGGAGACUUGGUGUUCAUAUGCGAUCCUAACGUUCCACGGCGAGAAUGGUGCCGCGGUAGAGUGGAGAAAGUAUACCCUGGGAUUGAUGGCGAGGUGCGAAGAGCAGACAUACGAACUUCGGGAGGACUUAAGCGACGAGCAGUCUCAAAACUAGCCGUUCUGGACAUUGAUGGUGGUGAAUCGGGUUGAUUCACGGGGGUGGGGAUGUUGGCAACUCUUGCCCGAAUACAUAUAUACACAUGUUAAGAUUUAAUUUCUAUGUUUAUUUUACAGUUGAAUGUUUCAUUCUCAUUUAUCUUUAAAUAGUCGUGAGCUUCAUAUUAUGUACAUUAUGCCAACUGUGAAGUUCCCGCUUGCUUGUUUGUGCGAUUUGUAUAUUUGUCAUUUCCCUUUCUUUCGCAUAAGCAGGUAAGCGCGGACUCCAAUUAGUUACAUGAGCUUAUGUACUUGUUGUUUGUAAACUGCAGUGUGCUGUUCCAUUUUCCAAGCUGUGCUGAUCUAUACGGUAAAUGUAAAUGCCUUUGUGCAUAUAUGCCAGUGCACAUCAUUUUUGAGCUUUGUCAUCGAUCAGCCAGGAAAGUGGAAGGACAUACUGCGGUAAGUAUUGAAUUAUUUGUACAUGCAUAUUUUAACAUACAUCUUUUAGAAAUAAACCAUUUGACCAUUUGGAGUGCCAUUAGCCAACACAAAUCAAAUGCGUUAAAUUCGCCCCACUUUAUCGAUGACAACGACUAACCCUACUGGUUUCACCGUCAAACGUCCUUGUUCUAUAAAUAGAACCAGAACUAGUGACCUUAUUGACAGCAAUUGUAUGCACGUUUUGCUCUUCCGUUUUGUGUUGUGUUUACAGGUUUUUCAGUGUUCUACUGUAACGCUUCGGUUAGUUGCUUAUGCUGCUGAAUUGGUAAUUCAUAGAAGAAAUGGUGCACUUUGCGACGAAAACGAUUUUUCAGCAACACAGUAAGCAUACACCUACAAAUGUAUAUGAAUAUGUAUGUGUGUAUGUUUGCAUGCGCAGUGUACAUAAAUGCACUUACACGUGUCACUGGAGAUCGAGACGACCUUGAGCUGGGCAUUUUGCAACGUUUAACUUUAUUUUUAUACACUUCUGCAGUGCGCUCGUAUACACUCAUAUUAUAUUACAUUACAUAAAUAAAUACAUACACAUACAAAUUUACCCCACUUUAAAAAAUCUAUUGCGCUUUCGCAUAUGGCAUAUGUAUGUAUGUAUGUGUUCGUAGAGUGUUCAGUCAAAACAACUGAUUGCGGUGUUUUCCAUAUUUGAAAAAAUACUUUUAUGCAUAUGCAGCAAGUUAAGUGUUUGUGUACCUAAGUAAGUUUGCAUGCGGGUAUUUGUAAUCAGCAUAAGCUAAGAAAGUAGGCUAUAGGAUUGAAAUUCCACACUUAUGUACUUAUGUAUGUCAUUGGGUACAAUAUGGAAAGACGAGACUUUAGAUUCAAAUAAAAAGUAAGAAUUAUUAGUGUUGGGGAGUAUCACGAGGGAAAAUACUCAAUGGCAGAUUUUGAAAAGAAUCAGUAGUACGCGGUUUUUAAAAGUACUCUGAUUCGAAAUUACGUAAGAUCAGAAUUUCUAAAUUUGAAAUCUAAUACGAUAUAAUAUAAAUAUCGAAGUUUGUAAGAAAUCACUUCUUAAUGAAAAUAAAGACCAUUUACUGUACUGCAGAAAGUUGCAGAUAUUUAUUCUAUUUUUUGAAUAUUCAGUUAUAAUUUUUUUUUUGCCAAGGUGGUAUAUUUAAGUAAAAUUCGCGGUGUUCUGUUAAGUACCCGAUUUUUUUAAAGUACUUGUUGCUUCCCAACACUAAUUAUUAUUUGACAGUAUCAAGACAACAACAAAUUAUAUCACAAUUUAUACCGUAUCAUAUGUGCUUUAAAAUAAAAUAAUGCAUAAUAUAAAGUAUUCCUUUUCAGCAGUUUGGAUUUUGCAUAAUGCUUGACACACUAGAUUGACGAAUUGCUUACUACAGCGAUUUUCGCACUUUCAAUUAAAACAACUAGAAAUUUAUGAAAUUGAGGAAGUCCAACAGGCUCGUUUUACGAUUUAAAAAAUAAUAUUUUGUAACUGUAAAAUAAUUUUUUAACUUGGUUAAAAUGCUAUUUUCGUUUGAAGUUUACAGAUCAUGAUAAAAUGAGUGAUUCCGAGGACGACUUGAAAAAUAUUCAAUUACAGUGGAACUUCACUAACUCGAAUCACCAUAAUCCACGAUAUAGAGGGACUCUUUUAAAAUUCUGCUGCGAUAGUACAAUUUUAAAUUUUGUAUUAUGCCAUGGAAGAUGAUUUAUGGAAGGAAAUUUCAAUGUCACUUCAAGAGUUCGAGUUAUGGAAGCAAAUUUGUAUGAAAUUUGAUUUCUAAACGUUAUUGCCAACUCAAAAGUUCAAGUUAUGGAGACCUUCGAGUUAUGGAAGUUCCAAUGUAUAUACAUAUGUACAUAAAUAAAAAUUUGAGUAGAAAAUACCUUUUUAAUAAAAUUUAAAUGUUACUUUCAACGAGUACUUUCAAUUUCCAACUCAUCAAAAUAAUUUUAGAGAAGUUGGCUGUGGUCAAGAAAGUUAUUAAAAUAUUUUUUUUUGUUUUCUACAAUUUGUGCCUCCACGUAAUUCUUAAUCAACAUGAUAAAAAUAGACACCUUUGUGUUGUUGUUUUGAGAUUUAUUGUAUGUUAAUGAUAAUUUUUUAUGUUAGAAGUAAUUUUUAAAGAAAACGUUGUUUACGACUUAUUUGAAUUGACACUAAA